AUGCACGGUUAUGAUCUUGAAGAAGCAAUCGAUCCCGAGGAAGACAAGAAGCUACUAGAAACAGAACGGAUGGUUGUGUUGGAGAGACAGAAGAAACGGCUUAAAGAAGCUGUUACGGUCUCAAAACAAACACAUGUAGAAUAUAACUUGAAGCUUAAGGCAAUCAAAGCAAUGGGAGCAAUGGAGGAAGGUGACGGUGUAUUUGACUUUAAUGCUGAAGUGAACCUUAAUUCCGAGGUAUACCGGCCAAGAAAACCAAAGUAUUUCAACCGAGUUCACACGGGUUACGAGUGGAAUAAGUAUAACCAAACUCACUAUGAUCACGAAAACCCGCCUCCGAAAACCGUUCAAGGGUACAAGUUUAACAUCUUUUACCCGGAUCUAAUAGACAAGGUUAAGGCUCCCACUUGCACCAUAGAAAAAGAUGGGACAAGCACUGAAACUUGUAUGAUCCGGUUCAGUGCUGGUCCGCCUUAUGAAGACAUUGCGUUCCGGAUUGUGAAUAAAGAAUGGGAGUAUUCUCAUAAGAAAGGUUACAAAUACACGUUCGAAGGUGGGAUUCUGCAUUUGUACUUCAACAUUAAACGACAUCGGUAUAGGCGAUAA